AUGCAAUCUGGCCAUGAUGCUGCCGGUGGGCUGGCUGGCUUCGAAUACCAGGGGUCAUAUGUUUAUAAACCCGCAAAGAAAAGCAAUGAUGCCAAUGGAGUCUCGAAUAAAAGGCGAAAGGUCAAUCAUAUUUCGAGCAGCCAAAGCUCCAGGAGUUCUAUCUCACCAUUUGUACCACUCUUGAAUGGAUGCGAAACCAAGGAGUCGGUCAAGUUACGAUAUGAACUGUUCCAAGGCCUCUGGGCUGAGAAAGAGUGCACAAUUCGGUCGAUUCUCCGCGAAGUCGAUUCGGAAGUUCUAAAGAAUAUAGCGAGAUUCAUCAAGGAUUCCUCGAUUGAUACCUACAAUGGACGUAUUCCUACUGGGAUGAUCUCAGUGGGGUCAAAUAUAUCGUCUAUAGGAGGGCUCUUAGAACGCCUAAGCAAGGGGCUGCACACUUCAGGCAAGGCGUGCCUGGUUACUCUUGAUUCAGGUGACACAUUAAAUGUCAAGAAUGCCCUGAAAAUGAUCAUUAAACUUGCAAUUACUAGUAUGGAGGAUAUUGAUCAUUACCGGGACUAUUUAACGUCAAAAACGGGGCUGAAACUAUUGCCAUAUGACCUAGACCUGCUGCUGUCCUGUGUCGAGAGAAAUGGCCUGAGGAGGGUUGUUAUUGCCUUUAAGGAUAGCGAGGCCUUUGAUAGCGGUGUCCUGACGGACCUGAUCACGCUCUUAUCAUCAUGGUUGGACCGUAUACCAUUUGUCUUUCUCUUUGGCAUUGCGACAUCAGUCACAUACCUCGAGUCCAGACUGCCACGCUCCACAGUUAAGCUACUAGAAGGCCGUCUUUUUGAUUUUCAAGAUUUUGGUGACUCAGUAGACCGCAUCUUUACGACCCUUCAGGCCCAAAAUAGCCAGGGCAUAUGGGUCGGGCACAAUGUGAGCCAUACUUUGAUGGACAAAUCUGGGGACUGCUUUCAAAGCCCUGAGAGAUUUGGUAGCACUCUUAAGUACGCUCAUAUGGCCCACUUUUUUGCAAACCCCCUUUCGGUGCUACUUGCUGGUGAAGGCAAGACAAAAGAACUACAGCCCGAAUUAUGUGAAGCAAUUCGGAAUACACCUUCGUUUCGGAAGCGUGUGCAGCAUCUUUUGGAUAUCAAGGACAUUGAAUCUGCAAAAGAAAUGAUGAAAGACGAUGCCAUCCUUGCCAAACAAGCCCAUCUAGGUGUUUCAGUCACCCGGCAAAAGAUGAGAGAGAUAUUUAGCUGUGUUGAAUGGAUAGUAUCAUUCUCGCGCAACAUAAAGUCUCUAAAACCGGCAAAUUAUUCGGAGUGCAUUAUUCUUGCACUCGGCGGAGAGCUUCUCGAGUCCAAAAUUUUGUUAGAUACCCUUGAAGCUGCUAGGAAACUAAAUUCAGAGGAGCUCAACGCUGCAUUUGGGCUUGUAUCAAAUCUGUCAAAAGAAUCAAGCGCCAUACUUGAUGAGAUCCGAGAAGUUAUACGUACAAAAAAAUCCAAAGCCGCCCUACGUUCCCAGCAUGAUGCACAGUUAACGAGGCAUAACACUACGAUUGUCGGUCAAAGGGUAAAGCUGACGAAAGGGAAAGCUAAGCUCUCGAAUGAGGAGUUGAAAUACAGUGGAUUGGUCGACCGUUUGUUUGACUCAAUACAGAGCUACCUCACCGAGAAGCUGAUCAACCCCAAGGAUCUUUUUCUGCAUGAGUGCCUGAUAUUUGAUUUCAAAUCUCCAGUUCGAACUACCUUUACUCCUAAGUGUCGGAACACCGUUGAACGAGCGCUAUCUAACCCUUUCGACUAUUUGGACUCAAAGGACCAUGGGGAGGUAGAAGCCCUAUCAGCAAGUCAGCCUCCGAUCUCGAUCCUUUAUCAACUGUACCUCGAGUCUGGUGCUGUCGUCAACGUCUAUGAUUUAUGGAGGGCUUUCUAUAUGAUUGUUGGUGGCGAGGAUGCAGAUAAGUGUGAGGAGCGUGUGGCAUUCUCAAUAUUUUACCAGUCCCUUGCAGAACUGAAGAUGAUGGGGAUGGCAAGACCAAGCAGGAAGAAGACGGAUCAUUUGGCAAAGUCGACGUGGAUGGGGUUGUAA